CAUCCUGCAAGGGGUCAGCCACAGCCCAGAACAGCAUCGACAGCACUUCUGCUCGCGGACACUUGGCGAGUGCGGCCACGCAUUCGCAUUUGCCCAGCAGCUCCGUGACACCUGCCGAAGGUGGAUGCUGGCUGAAGAAUGCGACGCAGAGGGAGUGCUCGAUCUGGUGGUACUGGAGCAGUUCAUCACCCGGCUACCGGAAGGAAUGGCAUAGUUGGUCCAGUGCCACUGUCCGGCUUCGCUGGAUGAGGUGGUCCAGUUGGCUGAGGACUAUAUGGCGGCGUAUUUGCGGGCCGGCAAGCCCCAUUCUAAUCUCUCUCUCUCUCUCUCUCCCUCUCUCCUCCCUCCCCCUCUCCUUCCCCUUGUCCUGUUCCUAUUCCCAGAAAAUGGGGAAUUCUGACCCCAAAACCGGUUCCCCAGUCCCGUGGGCCAUUCAACCAGCCGGUCUUCCAUAACCCUCUCCGCUCUUCCCCACAGGCUGGUGAAUCUGCUGCCGCGGGUGUGGGCAUGAAGUCUGGGCUGGUCUGCUGGAACUGCGGAGAACCUGGGCAUUUCAAGGACCGAUGCCCCGCGAUGGAGGUGGAGACAUUGAUCCAGAUCCCCAAUGCGCCACAGGCCACCCCCAAUUGGGCAGGAGUGUACCGGAUACCUGUGUGUUGAGGAACAUCAGUUCUUUGGAGUGAGUGGUGAGGGUGACUCUUCUUGAGGGUGGCCACCCCCACCCCUACUGCCCAGAUGGCUUGUGUCCACGAGCAACAUGCCCCUUCCCCCUCUCUCUCAGGGUUUAGCACCCCACUCUCUGAGCCCCCUUUCUGUCGCCCAGAUGCUGAGGUGCCCGCAAGCACGCCGGACACCGAACUCACCCCGACCCAGUGCGUUCUCCGUAAUGUACUCUCCAUUGACCCUGUGGGGGGCGGGAGUGGCACUCACACCCACAGCAACAGCCCCACUCUCAGCGACGAGCCCGCCAACUUCUCUAACAGCGUGCUAAAGUUGCAGGAGGGCGGAGCAGAGGGCGGAGCUGUGCGCAACCAAUCCGACAGCUUCAGACUUCAGGCAGGUGGAGGGGGCUUUCUGGAAGGUUUGUUUGGUUGCUUGAAGCCUGUGUGGACGAUGAUUGGAAAAGCAUACUCGACAGAACACAAACAGAGCCAGGAGGAAUCAUGGGAGGUGCCAUUUGAGGAGAUCUCGGAGCUGCAGUGGGUGGGCAGUGGGGCACAAGGAGCGGUAUUCUUGGGCAAGUUCCAUGGUGAGGAAGUGGCAGUGAAGAAAGUGAGAGACAUCAAAGAGACGGAGAUCAAACAUCUACGCAAGCUCAAGCACCCCAACAUCAUUACCUUCAAGGGUGUGUGCACACAGGCUCCAUGUUAUUGCAUCAUCAUGGAGUACUGUGCACAGGGGCAGCUGUAUGAGGUCCUGAGAGCGGGCAGGAAGAUCAUGCCAUCUCUGCUAGUGGACUGGGCCAUGGGCAUCGCAGGGGGCAUGAACUACCUCCACCUGCACAAGAUCAUACACAGAGAUCUCAAAUCACCCAAUAUGCUGAUUACACAUGAUGACCUGGUGAAGAUCUCAGACUUCGGUACUUCUAAGGAACUCAGAGAUAAGAGCACUAAGAUGUCGUUUGCUGGCACGGUGGCCUGGAUGGCUCCUGAGGUUAUACGAAACGAACCCGUGUCUGAGAAAGUGGAUAUCUGGUCGUUUGGUGUGGUCCUAUGGGAGAUGCUGACUGGUGAGAUCCCGUAUAAAGAUGUCGACUCGUCCGCCAUCAUAUGGGGUGUCGGAAACAACAGCCUGCAACUUCCUCUUCCUGACAGCUGCCCAGACGGCUUCAAGAUCCUGCUCAGACAGUGCUGGAACUGUAAACCCAGGAACAGACCAUCAUUCAGACAGAUUCUUCUGCAUCUGGACAUCGCAUCUGCAGAUGUACUGUCAACACCUCAGGAGACGUAUUUCAAAUCACAGGCAGAGUGGCGUGAGGAGGUGAAGCAGCACUUUGAGAAGAUAAAGUCUGAGGGCACGUGUCUUCACCGUCUGGAUGAAGAGCUGAUUAACCGCCGGCGAGAGGAACUCAGGCAUGCUCUGGACAUCAGAGAACACUAUGAGAGGAAGCUGGAGAGAGCCAAUAAUCUAUACAUGGAGCUCAAUGCAGUCAUGCUACAGCUGGAGCUCAAAGAGAAAGAGCUGCUCAGGAGGGAGCAGUGUCUGGACAAGAAAUAUCCGGGUCUCUUCAAACAUCACCCCUCAACAACAGUGGACAAACUCAUAAAAAAAAGAAGCGUCCCUCAGAAACUGCCCCCUCACGGCAAGAGGCCUGACAUCCUGAGGUCAGAGAUCAUUCUGCCUAAGAUGGACACUGGUGUGCUGCAGGUGACUGUCCCACCGUGUGUGAACCGAGGCCCCACUUCACCGAGUCGCGCCCGCAGGGUUAAAACUCGCCACCGGAGGAGCGGACGAGGAAGCAGCGGGGAUCUGUCUGGACCUAAACACCCAUCAGCCCCUGUCAGCAGAGAGAGAGAGCCCACCCUGUCAAACACGACAACGCCUGCUCCGGCCCUCGCAGAAACAAUAACCGGGGGUGCGAUGAGGGAGGCCCAGCUGGAGCCGCCCCCACUCAAACUCUCCUCCUCCAGCCCAGAUCUGUUGUGCUCCGCCCGGCGGGUGGAAGAUGGAGGCAGCACCGGUACAACCGAAGCCCUGGGCGGAGAGAACAGUGGCGGGGCUGGAGCGGGGGCAGGGGCGGGGCUGGAUGAGACACCGCCCAGAAGUGACACGGCGAGUGAAGACGCGGCAUCACUGCCAUUCUCCAGCAGCCCGGACUCACCUUGCUGUGCUAGAGGUGGGCCUGUGGGCCGAGCUCAUGUGGAGGAGCGGGAAGAGGGCACCGGGGCGGUCCGGCUACCCAGGGGAUCCAGUGGAAGUCACCUGACUCCAUCAGCCAUACUCUAUCGCGCUGCUAUCACACGCAAACAGCGACGUGGCGUUUCUUCAGAGGAAGAGGAGGGUGAGGUGGACAGCGAGGUGGAGUUACCAAGAAGACGACGGCCGACCAGUAUAACAAAGUGCCAAUCAGUAUCCACGUUCAGUUCGGAGAACCUGUCCGUUUCAGAGGGAGAGGAGGGGCAUACGACAGAUCACUCCCACAGUGGCACACCAGAUGUGGUCAGUACCAACACAGACGAGCGAUUGGAUGAUCGCAGCGAUGACCUCAUUUCUCAAGGCUCUGAGAUUCCUGCUGAUAUCACAGACCCCACUCUGUCUGAAAGAGAGGCUGCAGCCCUUGAAGCUGAGAGAGCAAACUUUGACCUUGAACAAAAUAUCUUGGAGACUCGUGCGCUGUGUGAGGAUUCAGACUGUGACAGUGCUGAACUCGACCAAUCAGGGAGCGGAGAGCCAAGCCGUCCCCCAAGUGCUGGAGGCUGGGGCCAGGGCCCUCAAAAUUGAAACACACACACACACACACACACACCCAUAUGCAACACAUUCAAAUAAACUUGUGCAGUGGAGCACACACAUGCACACAAAAUAUUGGUGCAAAAUAAGUGAUUCAAAAAGCAAAACGAUUUGCCACUUUAAGAACAAAUACUCUUGACACUGGUCAAAACAAUGUUGGGAUUGUAAACUGCCUCAUGACCAGGACAUAAAGCCACGGAAAAUAUAAUAAAGGAAGUCGUACAGCAAGAUAAAAAAAAAUAAUAAAAAAAAAAAGUGGAUAGCAGGAACUAUGUAAAAAGAUCAAUCCACUAACAAAAUUCAGGGCAUUCCUGAUAAGCAGCAAUGGUGAUGAACAAUAUUAUUGUUAGGUUUUUUUCACCUGUAGAGCAAAUAGACUUCCUGGUUCCUUGAAAGGGCCGGAUCAUCUCCAUUAAUGUGCACAAGGCUUGUGGUUAGAAGUUAGAUUCAGAAUAAAGCAUGUAAAUCUAGUCUCUGAAGACACAUUUAAUCUGUCACUGGAAUAUAGAGUGCUGGAUGAAACUCAAAAAGAAAGUAUUGAUUUUUUUGUAUUCACCAAAAAUGUACCCCAAUAAUCUGUUCAGACAUGACAUGUCAUGGAGUGUGUGGCAUUCGAUUUGAGCUGACUUCACAUGUACAGAUGCUUCUUUCCAAAGCACUUACAAGGUGCAUUUACAAAUGUGAUUCUAUUAUGACUAUUAAGACCGGAAUUUAUGUAAAUAUUUAUUUAGUAAGAUAAAUCUAAGAAUUAAAAAAAAAUAUUGAUUAAAGGAAUUUAACAAAAAUACCAAAAUAAAAACUCUCACAUUUAUUCUAUCCUCCUGUGCUUGUGCCACCCUACUAUGGCAGCUCCAAUAGGUUUGGGUAUAUGGGCAGGUGUGUAUAUGUACAGUUCUAUCCUAUAGUUGUUUCCCUUUGCUAGUGCAGGAACAUACAACCCUUGAAUGCAACAAACAACACCAUACAAAAACACAGACUGAAGACUCAUGAUUUAUGAUAUCCGUUAAAACUGUUUGCUCUCCACUUACCUCUCGAAUUAUCUUUCGAUACGUUUGCUUUCAGAGGGACAUGCAAUAUGUACAUUUCAACUGAUCUGAUAAAAUAAGCACUUUUAUUUUCUGUAUUAUCUGUAAAAACAAAGAAAAAAACACAAACAACAAUAAAAAAUAAUGUAUAUGAAUUUUAGCUUGCAAGAUGUAGGUCUGAGAAGUGUAAAGUCCUAAAGAACAAAUGCAUGAUAUAUACAUUUUUAUGUAUUUUAAUUUUUAAAUCAAUUGUUUUUAUACAUCUAAAGAAAUGUUUGCACUUUUUUUACCUUGAAUGUGUAAUAAUGUUGUGUUGCUUGUAGGCACUUUACAGUAGAAUGUUUAUAUACACUACAUUAUCACCUUCUCAUGUUGCACUGGAAAUGUUGUAUUUAUCAUAAUGAUGAUGGUUUCAUCAGAUUAUGUAUGUACUGUAUGUAUAGUAAGACCUUUAAUAAGGAAAUACUUUGAACCACAUCACCUUAUCUUUAUGAAAAAUGAUUUUAACUACAGCAAACAAAGUUUUUCCUGGAUCAUUCAAGUUGGAGUGGAGUGUCAGAAGGUUGUAUAUACUGUACAGUAUUUAACAAAAUAAUAAUAAUCUGGAAUAUUGCCAGCCCUAUUCUAAAAUAAUUCAUAGUCUUCAAAAAUUGGUUUACAUUUACAUAAACAGCAAUAAUCUGACUAUGACAGUAAUCUGAAUGUGAAAUUAACAUGUAAAAUGCAUUUUCUGAUUUUUUUAAAUAUUAAAUAUUUAAAAUAGUCAGAAUAAGAUUGAUCUGAGAUGUGGAGUAUUUUAGUCAUAUUAUUUAUAAGACCUAAAAGUCACAUUAUAAAUCUCAAUCCAACUAUGACCCUAUGUAUUUUGCAUCAUGGAGCAGUUUGACUACUAGGCUUGACGACACAUUUUACCUUCCAAUGUUUGUGAACUUGUAAAAAUAAAAUAUAUAAUUACAAAAUAACAGUUAAACUGUAAAAAAAAAUAACUGUGCAUACACUAACAUUAUUCAAUAGCAGAGAUGUGUUAUACUGGAGGAACUUCAGAAACGAAUCUGGCUCCACAUACUGCAAACAUUGUGUUAACACCUCAACUGGAACAUCGUCCAAUUGUAGACAUUUAGAAACAGACCAAUAGUCAGACUAUUACAUCCCAUGUAAAUGUAGCUAAUGUCAGACAUGGAGUCCUUUAAAGAACUACAGGUGUCAGUUGAUUUACAACAUAAGUGCAAAUCUCAACUCAAAAUGACUAUAAAUUUGCCUUAAAUCAUGGCACAGGCUAAUUUUCCAAAUCACUUUUAUCAGUUUAGAACCUGCAGUUUCAACUCUAGCAAUAUGAAUACAAGAAGCUCCUACCUUCACAAGUUUGACUUUACUAUCCUGUGAAAAAAACAUGGUUUGUGAAAAACUAGCCCCUUAGGGGGAAUUUAAUUUCUGAAAUGUUUUGCCUUCCCUCUAAAUUAUUUUGGGUUUCAUCGCAAGAAAUUAACCAUGGUUCCCUUUUAAGUUGCUGAUGCUAUGGGAAGCUCCACCCAGGAGUGACAAUCUCUGAAGCCCUUUACAAUCGCGCCAAUUUAUUGGCAGAUGGUGCUUUGACGCUCAGCCCCUGACGUGCACAACAUCAUGAGCAUAUAGUGCGAAACAUGCCAUUUCAUCUGAAUUUUCUCUUUCAGGGUUGCGAUAUCUUUCACAGCGAGUGGGUUGUUUUCUACUUCCAUGUUGUGCUCCGACGAACAGACAAGAUUUCACUUCACCGUUCUUACUGGACACCGUGAGCGAGUGGAUCAGUUUCUGCUUCACUGCCAUGCUUCGACAAAUGGACGAGCCUUGCUUCGCUGUUGAUACUGCAGAGCUUCAGCAAGUGGAUUAUUUUGUACUUCCCUGUUGUGCUUCAAUGGAAAGUGUAUCCUUUAUCACACGCAUGUGAAAACGCUAUUGUUCUUGUUGUUGUGUUGUGUGUUUUACUGUACAAAAAGCACAUAAAAGAGCCGUUUUCUUAACAACAUCUUUUCCAAGAUGGUGUUUUGCAAAUGUCUCCAUAAGCAUAAAAACGAAGCGAUAUAUCCUGCUGUCUGGUAGGCUUGAGUACUGUUUUAUAUAAGUAGCACUUGUUAAGACUGACUGAUUUUCUGAACGCAUGAAACUCAAGAUGCUUCACUCUCAGCUCACUUUUGUUCAGAAAGCCGAAGUCGUUUCCCACUCUGCCUGCUAUACUCCUUAUGUGGCUUCCGAGGAACCGCACGAGGGAGGCACGUGAGGACAGAGAAUAGAGCAUGGAGAUUUGAGGAGGAUUAGUUGCUGGACCAGCCUUGCAUGCAUCCUCUCCUCCAUGUCAAGCAGCUCGCCCAUUCGGUACAAGUGCUAUGAUUGCCUGGGCAAAGCCCACGCUGACAAAGAGCUUGUCGAGAUCGUUUGCGUUCAUUGUGGGCACAUGAAACUCGAAGUGCUUUGCUCUUGGCUCGCUUUCAUUCUCAUACUCCUUCUGUGGCUCCUGAGGGACAUCCGGCUCGGGACUUGCAUCUCUCCAGUUUUCCAUCUAAAGCGACUUCACCUGCCCAGUACAGCCGUGAUGGGACGAUCAUGUUCGGCGGAGAUUAUGAUGAGGGGGGUGCUAUGUGGCUGAUGUUAUCCUUGCCAGGCUUGCAGUACUUGUUGAGAUUUAUUGUGUUCAUUGAAAGCUUAUGACACUCAAAGUGCUUCACUCACGGCUUGCCCCUGGGGAAGCUGUCGGCAGUCCCCUUUCCUCCAUAUAUCUAGUUAGGAAGGGAUAUAGAGCAGAGAGAUAUUAAGGGUGAUUGUCACCGGUUUAAGCCUGUGUCUCUCCUCAAUCUCCAGUGGCCUCGCACUGCGAUCAUUCACAGUGGUGAUGAUGUCAGGGAUAUCUUAUCGCUGGUCUUCAUUAGUGUGACAUGUACGCGUUCAGGUGUGUUGCUUACCGUAAUUUCCCCUAUGCAGGCAGGAAAAUGAUACAAAGCUGCCUCUGGGAUGGCAAUGCUUGAAGUUUCUCGCUUGAGCCUUACAAAAAAAAAAAGAAAAAAAGAAAGAAAAAUAACAACGGUAUUAACCGUGUUGGCUCUCCUCCUUGUUUUGCCACCGGUGCUUUUUUCCCAGAGCUACACGAACAGCUUAUUUUGAUUUGAUGUUCUCUCUAUUCAGUGAGAGUUUGGGUAUCUGGCACUAACACCUUUGCGGUGAUUGAUAAAUGCGCCACACCACGAAUUAGCGCUCAGGCCACCAAUGUCUUUGCCCAUGAAAUUGGCAGGUGUGCGGUCUGUAUAGUGACAUCGCUGGCUAUUUGUCAGGAAUUUGUUUCUCGCUUUCUCUGCCGUUGUGAGCUGGAAACAAUAAUGUGACAUUAAUGUGAGCUGUUUUUACCAUGCCAGAAUACUUCCAUGUCACAACACAAAGAUUUAAGGCAUGUCCAUGUCACCCAGCAGCCCUCUCACUUUGCCCACUGUCAUGAGCUGGGAACAAGUUUGCGGAGUAACACUGGUCACUUCAUUGCCUGUCUUGCUGUUAGCAACAUGCCAGUAGACUGCCAUGUCGCAACACAACGACUUAAGACGUACACAGUGUUUUUUUUCCAACCCUCAAAAGGGCCUGGGCAGAAAAAAACCCUCUGUGUCCCCAAUGGAGCCCUUUCUCAUUCCACGCCUUUGUAAGCCAGGAAUGAGCUGGCGGCAUGAUAAAGGUCAUUAUCACUGCUUCUUUUGCUGUUGUUGGUGACGUGUUAGAACAAUGCUAUGUCAGAACAUGGGGAUUUAAGGCAUGCACAGUGCUUUAUUCUGGUCUCAAGUAGGCCCAGUAAAGCAGCUCUCUCGCUUCCCUGCCAUCGACGAGUCAUAAGCGACUUCUGGUGUAUCACAGGUCAAUUUGAUGACUGUUUUUACUAUUGUUGGUGACGUGCCAGAAGGCUGCCAUUUCACAACACAAACAAAAGACCUCAUUGCAUAUGCAAGAGGCAUGCAUGCUUGUUAAACCCUCUGGCAUGCUCUAACUUUUCUCACCACUGUAUGCUGGGAACAAUAAUAUGAUCCCAGUCUUGUGACUGUUUUAUUGCCAUUGACACCACAGCACAAAUAACAUAUCUCGUUGCGGCUGCAGGGGCAUGUCAGCGUUGACAGUCACAGAAGAACCCCUGUGCCCAAUGUCAGCGUUUCCUGCUGGAUACUAAACACAGUCAAGCGGCUAAUACCAAGAAAGUACCAGCGUGCCACUGUGCUACAAGCCAGGCCCAACCCCAAACCCCCCCCCCCGACUUUUCGCUGAUUGGUGUUCUUCCUAUGGUGAGGACCCAGUAUGUUGCCCUGUGCAGACAAUACUCUACUUCUUGCAAGAGUGCUUGGAUGCUACUCGCUUUGGCUUUAGUAAAACGUGUCGGGGACCUUCAGGACUUGUGAAAAACCAUUCUCAACCCCAAAGUAGGUUAUGUGCCCAAAGUGCUGGUCACCCCAUUCAGGGCUCAGGUUGUAACCUUACAAGCUUUCUCUCCUCCUCCCUUGAGUCAGACGAGGCUAAGAAACUGCACGUGUUCUGUCCUCUGAGGGCAUUAUGCAUGUACAUUGACUGUACAAGCACCGUUAAUUUAUUUUAAUUGCUAACCAUAAUAAAACAGGUAAUAAAACAGGAAAACCAGUGAAACCAUAGUAAAUUGUGUGGUUGUGGUUUUACUAUUCAAAUACCAUAGUUGAACUAUAGUUACUGUAAUAAAACCAUGGUGAAAUGUUGUGGUAACUAUGGUUUUUACUACAAAUACCAUAGUUCAACUAUGGUUACUGUAGUAAAACCAUGGUUAAUUUAUUGCAAAGGAACACAAAACAUUUUUAUAAUUUAUUAUUUAAUAAUAAUAAUAAUAAUAAAAAUCCCUCUCUUACUAAGGCAGGGUUCUCUGUGGUACACAGAGGCAAAGUACCAUUGUGUCAAGAAAAUCCAAAUUAAUUUAAUAUUGGUCUAGUGUAGCAAUAAUGUACAUAAAGACAGAUACUAACUCAUUUACUAAUGUGUACAAACUCCAUACAUAAAAGUAGUGUGAUUUAAUGAAUGUGUUGAUAAGAUUUCUCAGGCCUCUGUCCAUGUAAUAAUCUCUGAGUUAACUGGAGUAUCUCCACUGUCCCACUGUUGGUUGAGCUCUCACAAAUCCUUAAACAAUUCUUUGAAAUUGAAAACAGUCAGUCAAUGAUGACUUUUACAAUGAAAUUAAUUUUCAAUGUUUUUGAAAAAACCUAUGUAAUUUUUAUUUGGGCUCAUUUUGUGAUGUCUCAUUUUAUUUAUUUAUUUUGCUUUUCUUUGUAUUCGAGGAAACAUCAAUACACAAUGAUAUAACAGCUCAUUAUAUAAACUGGAUUUACACACAUGACGACAGAAAUAAGUUUUCUUCCCUUAUUUUCAGAGUGCAAAAGAACAACUAACAACAACAACAACAACAAUAAAGCCCUACAUAGAAACAUUAUAGAACUGAAGAAUCCUUUCUGAGUGCAAAACCGAAGGAUUGUAGUGACAAAUACUUUGAUUUUAAAUGCGUGUGAUAUAAUCCAGGACAAGUCUGAUUCUGUUUUAAUCUGCUUUAAUUCACACUGUAGGAACAGAGUGCCUGCCCACUUUUUCAGUCAGCUUGGUUCCGGAAGUGUUUUUCCCAUACAUUUUUUUCCAUAGGGAUUUCAUAAAAUCCUUCAUACCAAAUGAACCAGAAAAACCAACAAAAAAGUAUUUAAAAAUCAGACAAAAAGAUAAAUGCACUUAACAUCUUUGAUUAGGGAAUGGACUACUAUCCCAUGAAGCAUUGCGAAUGACGUAAUUUAACUGAAAACAAUAGAAACAUUUUAAACUGUUGUUGUUUAUGAGUAUAGAAUCAAUAUAUUUGAAUUCUAUUUGAAAAUAUUCAGAUAUGUACAAAUAUAUAAGUGGCUGGAGAGUGUAUCAUGAAAGCUGGCAGUUGCUGCAGUGGUCUUUUGGCCUUUGUUGGCCAUGAUUCUCUCAUAGGUGGUCGUUUCCCUUCAGGAUCAUGAUUAUCCCCAACAGUAACACAAUUAUUGUCUUUACCAACCUGGAAAUGCCCAUCUCGAGGUUUCUGACCCAGAUCAGCUAUCAAACCUCAUUUAACCUCUACCUCUGAGGAUGUUCUGACCAAGGCUGGUGAAAUCAAGUCCCAAAAAUUCAAUAUUUGGCUAGUUUCUAGGAGAGGCAAAAAACAAACAAACAACGACAGCAACAACUGAACUUUCCCUUUAAGUAUUCACACCCUUUAUGAUUUUUACUUUUUUUUACUGUCAUUUAAACACAUUUUUCAAUACCAAGAACAAUUUUUCCAAUCUCUUCAUACAAGUUGCCUUUUCCAACAUACAGCUUGACACAUCAAUUAAAAAACCACCAAAACACUUUAUAUUAUUGUCUAUACUUUAUACAUGUUUAUACAUGUUAUACAGUACAAGAUCACUGGAAGCAGGGUUUGAAAUGAACUUUUUGACUCACCGGCCACUGUGGCUAGUAUUUAACAAGGUCACUAGCCACUUAGCAUUUUCACAAGCCAAAAUCACACACCUCGCAAAAAGUGAUGAAGGUAACUGGAGACUACAACCGCGUGCAUUUUUUUUGUUUUUUUUUUGGACAUUUUAUUUAAACAAGAAUGAUGUGAGUUCAGCAGGACACAAGUUUAAUGGUUUAAGUAACCUAAAUUAUACAAAGCCAAACGCCAGUUAGAACAGAUGUAGGAUAGAACAGGAGGAAAAUUUGUCAAAAACAUGUCCAUACUGUAAUUCAUGGAAGUUUCAACCCCUUCAAAUUGUACAUGCCUAUGAAAGUUUACCAUUGUUCUAGCAUUGUUUAACAGUGUAAUUUGUAAUGACAAUGCUAUAAGGUAAGACCAUGGGUGGCUUCACAUUACUGUGUGAUGGGUUAAUGUUGAUAGUCUUUUCUAAAAAAACAACAACUAGUGUUUGUUAUGAAAAAGCUAAUAGCUACAUAACUACAACUUUCAAAGCUGAAGCCUUAUAAAAAUAAAGUCUAAUAGAUUCAACCUUAUAGAUAUAAUAUUAAUCAUUCAAGUUACCAGUUAGUGUUACUGCAUAAUUUUAUUUUUUUAAAUUUUAGUAAGGAUGAUGAUGUGUAUUUUAAAAACUGAUGAUGUAUUUGUCUCCUCUUUACCUCGUCAGUGCUGUUUAUAAUGUAUGUGCUGCAUAGGAGUUUGAGAGGUUUGACUUCCUCCAUACAACGCUUUAUACUAGAAUGUUCUCUGUAGAAUUCAGAUGGGUCACAUAAGUUUUGUGUUUUCCACCGGCCGCCGCUAUAUCGAGUGAAGUGUGACUGAAUCAUGCAAGUUUUGCUCUGCACUGUUCCAAAGCUCUGGCGAUCUUCUCUCUGGGGCACACUGUGUGCGCUGCGGCAGUUCACCAAAAGCACGCUUCAUUCAUUAAGUUAUGAGAGGCAUGAAUACAAUUAUAUUAUCUUCGGCAGCAGCUCCGAGUUGCUCGACAUUCACAAAAUGUUCAAUGCAGGAAAAACCCUGAAAAAAAUGUCACCCUCCAAAGUGGCGAGUAAGAGUGACUGAGUUACCCGCCACAGCCGCACAGUUACCCGCAUUUGGCGGGUUGGCAGGUGUUAAUUUCAAACCCUGAUUGGAAGUUUUUUUUUUUUUUCUGAAGUAUCUUAGAUUUUUUACAGAAAACAAAAUUACAUUACAAAACAUAAAUUUCCUCUUUAUCGUGUCACAUGCACUGCAGUGCGUUACACAAAGGUGGAAAGUAACAAAUUACAACUACUCGUUACAGUACUUGAGUGCAUUUUAAACUUUUUUUUCUUUAGAUUUAUACUUUUACUUGUUUAUUAAAAAUGAAAUGUUCAACUUGGGUAUAUUUAUUUUUAACCACAGUUACAAAGUACUGUAUAUACAGUAUAUAGAGGCUAUAUACUGUAUCUAUAAGAAUGUUCGGCAAGUUAAAAGCGCUGAAUAUGCUAACUGAAAUAAGCUUCUGCAUUUCUGGCGGCUCAGAACACAAAACUUAUUGUGAUCCAUUUGAAUUCUACUGAGAAUGCUUAAAGUGGUAUGGAGGACAUCAAACAUCUGAAACGGCUAGACAACCUUGACAUUCUAAACAGCACUGACGAAGAUAGAGAAAACAACACUUUCCAUCAACACAGAAGCGAAACAAGAAGGCAAGCAAACCAAGCAAUUGCUUGGGGCCCCCUUUCAAAGGGGAGUUGGAUGAUGUUCAUUUGUCAUAGGCUUAAUUAAAGGCUAAAGCUUCCCUGAUGUUCAUGUCAUAUGACUGACAUAUUGUCUUGGUGUAAAACCAAUGGAUUAAAGAUUAUAGCUAUGAAAAUAAAUUUUGUUAGCUAUUGUAUAUUUUUUUCCUGAUAUAGUAGUCAUGUCAUUGCACAAUUCCCCUAUAAGUAAUCCAUUCAACUGCCUCGUACAGGAACCCCACACCUCCCCCAUCACAGAGUUCUUACCUAUUGCACUUGGCUAUCAAACACUGUCAGAUAGCUUGUAAAAAUAGACAUUUACCAAAUAGUUAGCUACUCACACAUUAUUGAAUGGAUUAGCCUACCUCAGUGACAAUAAUUAAAUAAAUAAAUAAUACGACACUACGAAAGUGGUGCAGCAAAGUGUAAAAAAGUCACUGAAGCCCCUGAGAUAAUGGUGAGUCUGCCAAAACUUAGUGUUGUCAAGGAGGUGAUGUUGAAACAUCAGUGGACAGCACAUCACCCACUCUGAUGCCGGCUGCACCAGCCAUGCAUAAGUUACAAAUUAGACUAGUUAUAGCGUAUAUGGGCACUAAGUUACAAUUUACGAACUACUAAAUAUUUGAGCUUUGGACCAUUACAAUUUUACGAAAUGUAACCCUAUGUAUAAACUUACAGUUUUUACAAUUGGUUACAUGCUUUUCCUAAUACCUAGUAUACAUUUCAAAACUCCUCAUAAUUUCAACACAACAUCAGUGUCUGUGAACUGAACUGUGGAUCAUCUUGUCAAUGCUUUGAUACAAAAAGCAUUUAUUGACAACAUCUUUCAAUAUUCAUGAAAUCUUUUCAAAAACGCAACCAUCAGACAUACUGUGUUUAUCUACAAGCCAGUUUUGCUCACAUUUACAUACUGUUAUGACCCUGACCUUCCCCACUCUGUCCUAGGUGGCAGUGUGGGAUAGAUUCUGGUUGGCUGGGCAAGUAAUUAAUUGAUUUAAUUAGGGGUUGUGUUGUAUAAAAGUGUAACCCUUUUCUUCAUCUCUCUACUCUCUCUUUGUGGGUAGGAUCACCUCUCCAGAGAAGUCACCUUUACCACUCUCUGCUCGAUACUCACCUGCGGUUACCAGCUCUAUGUGAUGAUGUUCUUUUUGUUUUAACUCCAAGAUAUUUUUCUGUUAUUAGGUUAAUUUGAAUUCAUUUACAAUAAAAUCAUAUCUAUUAAUUGCAUUUUGUGUCUUACUCCCCUUUAUGUUGUGGUCUUAAAUGAGCUGGCCAUAACAAUAUAUAAACAAUGUAUAACAAUGUAUAAAACCUAAUACAGUAAAAGCAGCCGAUUUCUCUUUUAGUUGAUGUCCAAAUCAGCUUUGCUUUAUCAAUGUUACCAUCUGUACAAAAAGAGGCCAACUUUGUAAUGAUUGUGUUGUGCAAACAUGGCUGUCAGAGAAGAAGACUGGAUGAACAAAAAAGCAAAAGAGGAGUGCAGA